AUGCCGACCAGCUGGCCUACAAACGCAGUGGGUCAGGGAGGGAUGCUGAUCUGGAGUCCCAGUGUAGCUGGUGGGUCAAGGACAAGUGAAAUUGAGGAAGCCGUCGCUCGUGGCGUACGGCGUUCGCCCAUGUACUGUGUUGUGAUCGUCAAAUUCGCGCGGGUAUUUUCCAUCACCAAAUCCUCCGAGUGA